AACAAUCCCAAAGAUUACUACAAAUGGCUUUGCGUGUGACUUUUUUAAAAUCUUAUAAGGAAUAUAUCACAAUUUCUACAUCAAAUUUUCUUUAACACGUGUAAAUUUAAACGGCAAAAAGCUCAAAUUCGGAUGCCAAUUGUAAACACAUAAAUUGAUGACGUAUUACACAAGAACAUGUCAUUUAGGAAGAAAAAGGUAUAUCACGUGAUUAGAGUCUUGAAGCAUAUUAGAAAGACUGACUAGAUACAGAACAGUGAAUACCAUGACAGUCGGUUGGCAAAUUUUAGAAGUUGGAGAUCAGGCUCUGAUUUACAGCCAUGAUGGAAUAGCUAGGAUUGAAGAUGGUCCAAAACGGUUGUUUUUAUGGAGAGAAAAGUUCCAGAAAUUAAGAAAAUAUUCAGCAAGUCAGAAUCAGUAUUUAUCUCUACAUUAUAGAAAUGGACAGGUGGAACAUGUUAGAGGCCCAGAGUUCAGAUUUUUAAACCCAAUAACCUAUACUGAUAUUAAAAUAAAAGAAUGUACAUCAUUAGAUGCUAAUGAAGCCGUAGUUGUUUAUAAACAAGAUGAAUCUACCACCAAUCGUUAUGUUCUAUAUGGACCUACAUUGUUUAUGCCUGCAGCUAAUGAAUGGUUGCAUGAGUUUGUUUGGCAUGGUACUGAUCCAAAGAGUAAAACUAACAUGAUACCAAAUGCAGACAGAUUUACAAAGUUAAAAAUUAUACCGGAUCAGUUCUACUAUAAUGUAGAUGAAGUAAGGACAGCAGAUGAUGCACUAAUUCGAGUCAAGUUGAUGAUGUUUUAUGAAUUAGUAGAUGUAGAUUUAAUGCUCAAUUCUACAAAGGAUCCUAAAGCAGAUUUCAUCAAUUGUUUAUGUGCUGAUGUUGUGGCCUUUGCAUCCAAACAAACGUAUAUUAAUUUUAUCAAUACCUCAGAUCUACUAAAUGAAUUGAAGACGUACCCACAGUUGCUAGAGAGAUGUAAAGCUAUAGGAUAUUCUGUAACAAAAGUGGUCUUCAGAGGAUAUUUUACUCAUGAUAAGCUACAGAAGAUGCAUGACUGGGCCAUUGGAAAACGUACAGACUUGAAAUUGAAGUUUGAAGAGGAAAAACAAAACCAAGAACUGAUAGACAUAAAAUUACAGAAUGAAAUGGAUAGAAUCAAGCAAGAACAAAGUAUGGAAAUAUCUGCAUUAGAGCAUCAACAUGAUUUAGAACUAUCAAAUCAUAUACAUAGUUUAGAACUGGAGAAAAAAUUACAUGAAGAAAAGUUGAGUAAAUAUAAACAGGAAACUAUUGCAGAAUUAACAUACAAAAACAACCAGAAGAUAAAGGAAGUAAAUCAUGUACAGCAAUUAUCAAAACUUGGAGUAGAUUUAACUCAAUAUCUGACAUCUCAAAAAUCACGACCAAAUUCUAUCACAAAUAUUAUAGCUACAGAUAAUAAUACUCCUGUCUUACAUCUACAUCAAAAUAACUAG